AUGAUGGAGAUGGCUGAGGUGGUGGCCAGCAGCGGCGGGGAUGUGGGGCCGGCAAGGCGGGACCGCGCUGCCACCGCACGGCGGGCUCUGGAGGAGCGCGGUGGGCGCAACACGUCCAGGUUUCGGGGCGUCACGCACCACGUCCGCACCGGCCGAUGGGAGAGUCAUGUGUGGCUUGAGGGCAAGCAGGUCUACCUGGGAGGAUAUGACUCAGAGGAGCAGGCCGCGCUGGCCUAUGAUGUGGCCGCUGUCAAGUUCCGAGCGUCCGAGGCGCAAACAAAUUUUCCUCUGGCUGCCUACCAGGGCGAGAUGGCCGGCCGCGACAAGGUCGGUCGCGAGGAGCUGAUCCAGUUCCUCCGCCGCAUCAGCCGCAGCGCUGCCCCCCAGGGUACCGCUAGCAGCGCCAGCAGCGCCUAUCGCGGCGUGAGCCGCCACGCAAAGGGCCGCUGGGAGGCGCGGAUUGGACUGUCCCCCGUCGAUGGGAAGCGCCGCUACAGGUAUUUGGGCCUGUUCGACACGGAACAGCAGGCUGCUGUGGCUUACGACCGAGCUGCUGUUGAGAUCAAGGGGCUGGGUGCCAUCAUCAACUUUCCCAUCACCCACUACGCCGACCUCCUGGACAAUGGGCAGCAGCAGCAGCAGCAGCAGCAGCAGCAGCAGCAGCAGCAGCAGCAGCAGCAGCAGCAGCAGCAGCAGCAGCAGCAGCAGCAGCAGCAGCAGCAGCAGCAGCAGCAGCAGCAGCAGCAGUCAGCAUCUUGUUGA